CAGAUCCACCCUUGGCCUUCAAAGUUCCAAAUGAAGUAAAUCAAUGAAAGAAAAAAACAUCCCUUCUGCAGGCAGUGGUUCCUAGAAAGUGGGAGAGGAAGAAAGAGAUGCAUGAUAUGUGGGUCUUCCUGAAGAAGAACGUUCAAUGUGCAAGUAAGGUGACUGAUGUGGUUAGCUGGCCCGGAAGGAGCUACAGUGCUAAAAAGGGUAACCUGGAUUGUGAGCUUGUUGUUCAUAGCUCUGCAACUCCACUCCGGGAGAUGAUUUUCAGGCAGAGCUACACACGAACAUUGCUUUGUGGGCUCAACACUGGAGACCCAUCAAGAAACAUUGUUGAGAUGAUCUUUCAAAGAGCGUCAAUGAACCCCUCAAAGCCAUUAAGAAAGAUCAAAACUGUCCUGAAGGUGAAGAACUCUGCAGAAAAUGUUGAAACGUUUGAAAAAUAUAGAGAAAAGGUGAAGAAGAAAGCCUACGAGCAAUACAAAAGACAUCCAAGAAGCACAGUAGAUGGGAACGAGCUGCUUCGAUUCUAUGGCACUACAAUAGUCUGUUGUAGAGGAAAGUCCAAUAGAGUCUCUGAACUCUGUAAAAAUCCCACUUGUGGAGUCUGCAGAAUAAUUCAAUCUAACUUUGACACAUAUUACACCAGAAGAAACGGGGUUCAAUUGAGCACAAGCAGUGAGGACUUGAUUGAGAACAUGAUUGUCACUACAGGGGAGGAGAAAGUAAAAAGGGCUGCCAUUGUUUGCAGGACAAUUGCUGGGAGCACAGUUAAUAUGGUGGAUGGGGGAUAUCAAGAUUUUGAUUCAGUUGGGAGUUCACAGUUUUCCAACUUAGAACGCUUGGUAGUGCUAAGUCCUAAUGCUGUACUUCCCUGUUUCGUUAUAGUAUUUGAUUGAUCUGGAUCUUUAUGUAUAUCUUUUCACAUCAAGUAAUGAUAACCAAGCUCAUAUUUUGAUCACAUAAAAAGAGAGAUUUAUAUAGCAUGGAAUUGAAUAAAAUGCCAUUAAUGUAACACUUUGCUGUAAAAUUAUUCAAGUGGCAAUGCAUCUGAUAAACACAACUGAUACCAUUAGU